AUGGCUCAGCCCUCCUCUGCCACCACCCCAAAAGUGGUGGAUAUCCACACCCACAUGUACCCUCCCUUCUAUGUCGAUAUCCUCUCCUCCAGGUCCACGAUUCCUCUGGUACUGAACUUCCCCAGCUCCCCAAACCCGCGCCUCAUUCUUCUCGAGGCCGAGGUGCCGUCACUGGCCGGCGCUGAGUCCUCUGCGACCGCCAGGCCACCAGGGAGACCACUCACCAAGCACUACUCCUCCCUCGACCAGAAGAUCCACUUCAUGGACACUCACCACAUUGACAUCUCCGUCAUCUCCCUCGCCAACCCGUGGCUGGACUUUCUGAGCCCUACCGAGUCCGGUCCCGCCGCCGAGUCCGUCAACGCCGAGUUCAGCUCCAUGUGCGCCGCCCACCCAGGCCGCCUCUACUUCUUCGGUGCCCUGCCCUUGACCGCCCCUCUCGCCACUGUCCAGGCCGCCGUGACCCGCCUGACCACCCUUCCUUACUGCCGCGGUGUGAUACUCGGUACCUCGGGCCUAGGAAAAGGGCUGGACGACCCAGCCCUGUUGCCUGUGCUCGAAGCCCUCGCCGCCGCGGGGCUCACCGUCUUCCUGCACCCGCACUACGGCCUGCCCAACGAGGUCUGGGGUCCCCGCGCCGCUGCCGAGUAUGGCCAUGUGCUCCCGCUCGCCCUGGGGUUCCCCAUGGAGACCACCAUCGCUGUGGCGCGCAUGUACCUGGCCGGCGUGUUCGACGCUGUUCCUGCCCUUCGCAUGAUCCUCGCCCACAGCGGUGGCACCCUGCCGUUCCUGGCCGGGCGGAUCGAGAGCUGUGUCCGGCACGACGGGCAGCUCGUGGGGGAAGGGAAGGUGGCUGCCGGGCGGCGGACGGUGUGGGACGUGCUGCGGAGUCAGGUCUAUCUGGACGCUGUCAUCUACUCCGAGGUGGGGCUCAAGGCUGCGAUCGAGGCGAGCGGUGGCGCCGACAGGCUCAUGUUCGGGACAGACCACCCGUUCUUCCCGCCAGUGGGGGGCAGCGAAGGCGACGAGGACGGCGAGUGGGAGAGCGUGGCUUUAAACGCCGAGGCGGUGACCAAGGCGCUGGGGGAGGGCUCGGAGGAGGCCACGGGUGUGAUGGGCGCAAAUGCUGUGAGGGUGCUGAAGUUGUAUGGGAAGUGA